CAUCCACAUAAUACAUAUACAAAGCUGACACUUCUUCCCGAAUUGCAAUGGCCAAAGACAGGCAAUAGGCAAUAUUCUCCACCUAUCCAUAAACCAAAAGAAAAUAAAGCAGAAGAGCCAAUUUCUUCCACCGAAACCCGAUCCAUGGCGAACAGCAGGUGCGCUGUAGUGACGGGAGCGAACAGAGGGCUCGGAUUCGCAAUCUGCAGGCAGCUGGCUGCUAGUGGAGUCGUCGUGGUGCUGACAGCCAGAGACGAAAACAGAGGCAUCCAGGCUGUUGACGACCUCAAAAGCAACCAUGGCGUCUCUCCGGACAACAUCGUUUACCAUCAGCUCGACGUGACAGACAGCUCCAGCAUCGCUUCUCUUGCCGAUUUCAUCAAAACCCAGUUUGGGAAACUUGACAUCCUGGUUGGUGAACAAUGCUUUCUUUAUUGGAUGCAUAGUAAACGAAGCUAUCGUCACAUCGACGCCCAUCGACCAGAUCAACUGGGACGAGGCUAUUAUUAACACUUACGACUCGGCCGUGAAGGGCCUGAAAACAAAUUACUAUGCCGCAAAAGAAAUGACCCAAACGUUCUUGCCUCUGCUUCAAUUAUCUGAUUCACCCAGGAUUGUUAACAUUACCUCUUCAACAGGCAGCCUCCAGAAUGUGAAGAACGAAUGGGCGAGAGGAGUACUAGGUGACGCUGAGCAUCUGAGCGAGGAAAGAGUGGAACAAGUGCUCAACCGGUUUCUGAAAGAUUUCAAGGACGGUUUGUUGGACAACAAGAAACAUAGAUGGACUGCUGCUUACUCCCCUUGUUAUGUUCUGUCAAAAGCAUCUCUGAGUGCAUAUACGAGGAUCAUAGCCAAGAGGUACCCAAGUUUCUGCGUCAAUUGUGUGUGCCCUGGGUACGUGAAGACACAAGGAACCUUCAACUUGGGCAACUAUACCCCUGAAGAAGCGGCCGGAGCGGCGGUCAGAUUGGCAUUGCUGCCUGACGGCGGGCCUUCUGGCCGCUACUUUAGUAUGAUGGAGGAGGCAAGCUUUUGAACCCUGUGGUGCGUUUUCAUCGGUUGUUGGUGCGCAAGGAGCAGCAUUUCUGUUGCGUUGUUUUAAGUUGUUUUCCAGGCUUUAAUUUGACUUUGUGGUUUUUUGCUUUUUCGCCUGUCCGAAUUUCGAGUCGGUGUUUCUGCUUGUGAGGUCCGAUAUUUGGUUGAAUCAGAAGGGUUCUGUCAUUUG